CAAAUAUAGAAGUAAACCCUAACAGUAGAAAAUCCUAAAACAAGCGACGGGCCCCAACAUCCGUCUUCACAGCUGCCCACAAGAGGCGAAGCGACUGUGGAGUUCCGCUUCCACCAUUGUGAUCCACCUUCUGCAGAAAUAUUCUCCAAAUGAUCAUCGACUCCCUGCUACUCAGCUUAGUCGGAAGCGCAACUGUUUGAUUACUUUAAACGGAAACCUAACGCUCUUACUCCGUCUGCAAGCUCUACAUUGACUCCUCAGUCCUCAGCAUCUCGCCAUUGCCGGAAAGUAUCUUCGUUCUGAACGAAUUCUGUGCGUCCAUUCAAGGUUGUGAUUGCUGCAUUGUUCUAGAUAAAAAUGGCUCCAAGUCCAAGAGUUGUAAAAGCCUUUCGGGCAAUGAAGGAUAUUGGAAUCUCUGAACACAAGGUGAAGCCAGUGCUAAAAAACCUUCUGAAGUUAUAUGAUAAAAACUGGGAGCUCAUUGAAGAGGAGAAUUAUAGAGCCCUAGCAGAUGCCAUUUUCGAAAAGGAAGAAGCACAGGCUGUAAAACCCAAGAAGCCUGAGAAUAUUGAAUUAGCGGGAGCUUUGGAUGAAGAAGCAACACUCGAGGAGCCGGAACGACCGCUUAAGAGAUUGCGUUUAAAAUAUCAAGAAAGUCAGCCUGCACCUUCCCAGAACGACUCUAGUGCCACCUUGACCACCACUGCAUUGUUAAAGCCUAAGCUUGAGGUUGAUGAUCUUCCCAAUGAUCAUCACAGUCAUAGUCGCUCCCAGGGUGGCACUAAGGACUUGCCUCAGCCCAGUCAUGGUGGCAGGGCAGGUUCUUCUCAUCCCAUUCAAGCCAGAAACAAAGGAAAACAACCUAUGAUGACUGCUGGUCCUCUUGCUUUGAUCAAGCCCAAGGAUGAGCCUUUUACUGAUGAUAUGCCACACUACGAGGCCCCUAUUGCUAUUAUUCCUGCUGAGCCGGUGAGCAAUGGUGACGCUGAUUCAGCAAACAGAAACCAUUUGCCCCUAGAUCAAAUUGCUCACCAAGAAACCUUAGCAAUAAAUUCCAAUGUGGGGAAAUAUGCAACGACUGAUAUUGCAUCAAAUCAACAGUUGGAAAAGAUUGAUGAUCAAGAAACCUUAGCCGUUAAUUCCAAUGUGGGGAAAGAUGCAAGGAAUGAUAGCACAUCAAACCAGCACUUAGAAAAGAUUGAAGAAGACAGACUUUCAUCUAACCUGGAUAUUGCUUCCUCUCGGUACGGAGAAGUGAAAAUCUCCAUAAAUUGUGCUCCUGUUGUUGGAACCAAUUUUCAUUUGCCUAGUUUAGAAGCGGUGCUUAAAUUGAUGGAAGAUAAGUGCCUGAGAGCUUAUAAAAUUCUGGACCCAAACUUUUCUGUGACGAAGUUGAUGGAAGAUUUUUGUGAAUGUGUCUUAGAUUUGGGCACCACCAAGUUGUACAAUGAAAAUCAGGAAGCAACAAAUGCAACGUCACAAGCUGUUAAUCAGCUGGAAGCAUCUUUAAUGGAAGAUAAAAAUUUCGAAUCUUCGAGUAUGCUUCCUGAUUCUACAAAUGAACUGUUGAACUUUGAAAAUGAUGCUUUAUUGGCACAACCACAAAUGACAAAUCCACCACUAUCUAGCAACGGUGUACAUAGCAACACACUACCAGAUGAAUGCGUUUCUGAGAAAAAUAAAAUAUGUGCCGAGGAUUAUAUUGAAAAAACAAAACAUCAGAGUAUGGCUGUGGUGGGGUCAUGUAAUUUUUCUUAUGAUAAAGUCUCGGUUCUCCAAGGUGUUAUUGAUAUUACUAAUGGGCAAGAGAAGAUGAUGAUUUCAAUAGUGAAUGAGGUUAAUAAUGAGUGUCCCCCACUGUUCCACUAUAUACCUCAGAAUGCAGUUUUUCAGAAGGCAUAUGUAAAUUUAUCUUUGGCUCUUAUUGAUGAUCAUCAUAGCUGUCCAACUUGUGCUGGUGAUUGUCUGUCAUUGGAUGCGCCUUGUGCUUGUGGUCAACUAAGAAGUGGUGCUUUUGCAUACACCAAACAUGGCCUUAUCAAAGAAGAGCUCCUGCAAACAUGUGUUUCAUUGAAUCAGGAUCCCAAAAAGCACAACCAGUUCUUUUGCAGGGAGUGCCCCGCCGAGAGAUCCAAAAAUGAUGACACUUUAGAACCUUGCAAAGGUCAUUUGGGGAGGACAUUCAUUAAGGAAUGCUGGUGGAAAUGUGGGUGUAGCAAGCAGUGUGGGAAUCGUGUGGUCCAACGUGGAAUAAGUCGAAAGUUACAGGUAUUUAUGACAUCUGAAGCUAAAGGAUGGGGCUUGCGUACCCUUGAGGACCUUCCUAGAGGUGCAUUUAUUUGUGAGUUUGUUGGAGAAAUUCUUACAAAUGCUGAAUUCUAUGGCCGUGUUUCAAAAAGCCCUAAUGGUGAGAAGCAUUUUCAUCCUGUUCUGCUUGAUGCUGGUUGGGGUUCUGGAGGCUUACUAAAAGACGAAGAAGCUCUUUGUCUAGAUGCCACACACUAUGGAAACAUUGCAAGGUUUAUUAAUCACAGUACAGAUGCUUUGAUUCAAAUUUGGUAGAGAUUCCCAUUGAAAUUGAGAGCCCCAAUCGCCACUACUAUCAUCUGGCUUUCUUCACUGCAAGGGAAGUUAAAGCAUUGGAAGAGCUUACUUGGGAUUAUGGGAUCGACUUUGAUGACCUCGACCAUCCUAUAAAAGCAUUUCAGUGCGAAUGUCAAAGUCAGUUCUGCCGAAAUAUAAAGCGAUCAAGCAGGUCUAGAGGAAGGAGAUGAAACAAGACCAUUUUGGGGAUAGCUGGAAGCCCUUGUGAAUCUGCUGUUUUUGCCAAAAGCCAAAAUUGUUAUUCCAUAUUAUAUAACCUUUUGGCAGUUUUUUUGUAGUUGUUCAGUGUACAUUAAUUGCAGCAAAUAUUUAAGGUGUAGGGCCUAGGGAGGGGAUUGACUGCUGAAGUGAAAUAUUUUCAGGGCAGCAUCUGUAUGACUCAUAUCUCCUGUUUCUGUAACUACCAUCGGUUAUUAUUAUACUUCGUGAAGUAGAUGAAUAUAUGAUGGUAAUGUUAGUUAAGUCUCCAGCUUUUAUAACUA